AUGGAUUCACUUAAAAAGUCCUUACUGGAAUUAACUGGGACUUUUAACACACGCAUGGCAGAAUUUCAGAAAGAUCUGAAAGCAGUUUCACCCGCUACAAGUCCAACGUCAAAUAUAAAUGCACAGUUCAUGACAUUCCGAACAUUCGUCUUGUCUGCCCUCGAGAGUCUCCAGGUACAGGUUGAGUUGCUUACAAGGCAGCAAGAUGAAUUUGAGAUGAGAUCCCGGAGAAAAAUUAUUUUAAUUCACGGUGUACCAGAAGAAAAGAAGGAAAAUACCUCUUCGCUUGUAACAAAAAUACUGUCAGAGCAUUUAAAAUUUUCUCAGUUUUCUCUUUCUGACUACACCCGCUGCCAUCGUCUCGGAUCCUCUGCUGGAAACAAACCACGUGCAAUUCUUGUCAGGUUUAAGGAUGUGUUACUGCGGGAUAAGAUUUCGUCCAGUGGAAGAUACUUCUGA